UACGCGUGACUAGCGACGGAUAUAUGCCUUGAAACAUAGGUACCAUAGUAGUAAUAGAUUUUGCAAUAAGUGUGCGAACAGAAGCUUCCUUAACUGAAAUCAUCCUAGUUCCAGAAAAUUUUACCUAAAAAUUAAAACGGAAUCUGAUAGAACGUCCAAAUAAACGGAGACGAAAAUUUCGCCUAGUUACUUCUAUAGAUGCAGUAAGCAAUUGCUGUGGCGUGAAUUUCACUCCAGAUCUACAGGAAUUUUAUUGCGAAUCUUCCACCGCGUACGAAGAAUGUCAAGAAUAAAGGAGACUGCUUUACAUGCCCAUGCUCAUGCUUGUGGAUAAGCUCGACUUUUGCGUAUUAUGCCGUCUGUACGACACGCAUCCCUGUGAGGCUUCGUAAGCUUAGCUAGCACGUCGGGGCGAACAAAGACAAAGAUAGAAAGGUUCGACAUGAUUUACUUACAGUGAGAAUUAGGGCUGAGACAGUUGUUAUAAUGAAAUAGAGGAAUCGGUCCCUCGCGUUGACCACGCCGACCGGCUCGUUUUGUUUGUAACGAAAAGGUUCAUCAGUGUAUGUCAAAGGUUUCGUCUUGGCUACAUCAAUGGAACCCACGUAAUUUCGCCGAUCCUGCCCCCAGUAUUCAAAAUGCCCGGCGGAAGCUGUCCGUCUCCAGUGCCCCCGCGGCCACUGUCCCCUUCGGCUAAGAAAGAAUUAAAUGGUGGUUUGGAACGAGGCCUGGUCCUUCUUGUGUUGAUCUUGACCGUUCUCUGUGGACUCAUUCUUCUAUUGCUCAUCAGGGCAUCGCAUAUGGAAGCUUACAUAGCCCAACGACAGAGUGAAUUAAAAGACACGACUUCGAUUCCAUCUAUCUUUGAAUCAACUAUAGCACGAACCGGCAGGGGCGAACGCCAUGGAGAGAACUCGUCCUUUCGUACGACAGAACUGUGCUUGAGCCCUGAAUGCAUUUACGCGUCGUCGUCAAUAUUGCGUUCAAUUGAUCCGUCUGUCGAUCCGUGCCAGGAUUUCUAUCAAUUUGCGUGUGGCCGCUGGCCGAUUCAUCAUCCAUUAAGGCCAGACACAAGCAAUUUGGAUACUUUAACAUUGCUAAAAAAUGAUAUGCGUCAAGUUUUUAAAGAACUCCUCGAGGCUCCUAUGACCAAAGAUGAUAGUAGUUCCACAACCCAAGCCAAACUGCUGUACAAAUCUUGCAUGAAUGAGACUACUGCCGAAAGGCUACGAGAAAAGCCCUUGUUGUCACUCCUUGAGCGUCUGGGACUUCGAUGGCCAUUGGUUGACCCUUUGCAAUAUACAACAGAAAAUGAAUUGAAUAACACAUCUUCAGAGUCUCCCUAUAUCUCGUUACCAACUUCGAACAAGCGCAGAUCUCUACCUGAUCGAAGUUUAAAUGAGAACUUUCUCAACACGUUUGAUUGGCACCGAUCUCUCGGUUAUCUCCGCCAGAUGAAACUCGAGACCUUUUUUAUGAUUUUCUCGCAGGCUGAUCAGCAGAACUCUUCCGCGACGAUCCUUCAGAUUGACCAGAAUGAGCCAUCAGUGCCAUACGUAGACCUUAAUUCGGCAAGAGGGCGGCGCCAGAUCAAGGCUUACCAUACAACAAUGGUGUUAGCUGCGGAGCUGCUAGGAGCUAAUCGGACGCAAGCCGUCGUCGACAUGAAAGACGUUGUCAUAUUUGAACUGCGCAUGCGUACGUUCAUGGAGCCAAGUGAAGAACGACGCAACUUCACGGCUAUCAACCACCGUAUGACACUGGGCCAGCUGGACGCAUUCGUUCCGCACCUACGUAUCAGAAAGCUCUCGUCAGUCGUUUUUCAAAAACAGUUUGACCCGGAUGAACGGCUUGUAGUCUAUGCGCCAAACUACCUGAAAAAGCUGAAUGAGCUUUUAAAGUCAACACCAAAGAAGACAGUGGCUAACUACAUGGGCUGGAGAGUCGUGUACACGUUAAUGAACUUCAUGGAUAAACGUUUCGUGACUCUGCGGCAGCGUUACGCCAAUAUUCUCGCAGGAACAAGUCAUCCGAUUCCACGGUGGCGCCUCUGCGUGACUCUCGUAAACCUCAACCUGGGCAUGGUAACGGGAGCUAUGUUCGUGACGAAUCACUACACAGCCUUCAUGAAAUCCUCGGCUGAGUCUAUGAUACGAGACAUUCGAACAGCAUUUCUGAAACAAUUGGAUGACCUCGACUGGAUGGAUAGCAAAACCAAAGCUGCCGCAAGGCAUAAGGCAAUUAGCAUGCGAUACAAGGUCGCCUACCCUGAAGAAAUAUUAGAUCAGAACUGGCUCGAUAAGGAACACCAGUUGAACUUCUCAGCGGAUGAUGUGUUUACUAACAUCCUAUUGGUAAGCCGGUUCCGCUAUUCGAAGGAGCUUGAAAGAUUUGGCAAGCCCAAUGACCUCAAACGCUGGAUAAUGAACCCUGGAACUGUGAAUGCUUUCUACACAAGAACUGGUAACUUUAUUACAUUGCCCGCUGCCAUUCUUCAACCACCAAUGUUUCAUCCGAGCUACCCAGCCGCGAAGAACUACGGCGGUAUAGGAGUUGUCAUCGGACACGAGAUCACACAUGGCUUCGACGAUAAGGGCCGACAGUUUAAUGGAUUAGGUAAUCUUGCACAAUGGUGGCAACCCGAAGCGUUGCGAAAGUUUUCGGAUAAGGCCCGCUGCAUGGUCGAGCAAUAUUCAUCCUAUAAGGUCCACGAGGUCGACAUGAAAGUGAACGGAUUCAAGACACAAGGCGAAAACAUUGCAGAUAACGGAGGACUUAAGCAAGCAUAUGCAGCCUUUCGACAACGUCAGGCUGUCAGUGGAUCUGCCCAUAUUCGCCUACCUGGAGUAAAUUUCACCGAUGACCAGCUAUUCUUUGUCACAUAUGCACAGAUCUGGUGUGGUGUUUCUACUCUGGAGCGUGCCAUCAAUGAAGUCCGGUUCAGUGAUCACACAGCGCCAAAAUACAGAGUAAUUGGCGUAUUGUCUAACUCGGCCGAGUUCUCAUCCGCGUUCAGAUGCCCUACUACAUCUCCAAUGAACCCCACAAAUAAGUGCAGUGUUUGGUAGAAUUGACCCAAGUGAGCUAAAGUGAACCUCUAAAUAUUGGUGGAUCAUAAAGCUUAACGCUCCUGAACGGAUAAAAACAUAAACGUCAUUUCAUCGCCUCCAAGAUCGUGUACGAGCACAAAAAUAUCAACCGGUUUUUCGUACAGUUUAUUCUCGUUUCUUCACUUUAUUAUAGAGAUUGCCGGUCAGAGUUAGUAUUAAUAACCAUAGAUUUUUCUCAAAGGCCAUGGUCACGAUGAGAAAGACAAGGUAGCAAUGGCUAAAAUUAGAUUUUACAACAGCGACUUCAAUCGAAAUACAGAAGCACACACAAAGCAUUGAGUGGCAACGACUCGCUGUGAUUAUUUUAAAUGGGCUCGGGCCUUCCGUCAGUCACCAUUAUCGGCAACUAUUGAAGCAGAUUUUUUGUCACAUACGAAGGUAUUAUUGAACGCCAACUCAUGACAACAGUUACGACACCGGCUAGAAAAUAACACAGGUUAACGUUAAAUACAUUUUCCGAGCGUUACACAUUAGGCCGCAAGUGAUCAGAAAUCAAAUAUUAGAACUGAUAGUGGGAAAGGCUUUGUAUUGAUGCCAGCAGCCAGUCAGCGGCUGUUCGAUGGAUAUAAUGUAUCAGUUGCAACUUGAACAGCGACGAAAACGCAGGGUAAAAGUAGCAAUGAUGUACGUUCGUAUUAGUUAUAUAAAAAAUGCAGGUGACAUAACACAGAGGCGAACUCGAAAGAUUUAGUAAGGGCAGUUUUGCUAGAGAAACCCAAGUAAUGGCUUGUCGAGUACACGUGAUGCUAUGAGGCAAUACACUUAUUAACUCGACUUCUACUUUUAAGCUUCUAGCUCAGUUAUUCUAGAUAUAACAAAAUUAUCACCGAAGUUUUUUACACAGCAUACUUUAUUAUACUGUCGGCGUUAAGUUCAUCAUUAAUUACAAAGUGGAAUACUUACACGAUAGCUCUUAACUGUGAACAAAGCAAUACUAUGAUUUUUUAGGCUAACGAACGUGUAUUAAUAAUAUUUGCAUUCAUGUCUAAGCAGUGUAGAGAUCCGAUGAGCUUGCGCGAUUGUAACCAAACGCGCAGAUGCGACAGAAUGAGCACAAUCCAUCGUUUUAAAUGAUACUCUUCAAAGUUAAAUAUUUAUUGUAUUAUAUUAUUAUUGUUAUGGCGGAUGAAUGUUGUAGCGCGCAAAAAAUUAAAAAAAAACUAUGUAUAUAAGACCUGUGAAACUUACUGUGUAUUUACUCCUCUACCUCGCAUACCAGUUCAAGGCAUCCUCUACAAAUGUUGGCAACAAGAUAGGCAGAUAUGUUACCAAUAAUAAAAAGCAACUAAAUAACACCAACAGAGCCGAAUAUGCGCUGUCUAGUCUUAGAAGAGAAAUAUAUAUAUAUAUAUAUAUAUUCAACUCAUUUCGAAACAGAAAAUGUUUCAGUUAAACAUAUUUUACUGAGAAUUAUUAAGCAUAGUUUUUUGUACUGCAAAUACACACUAUAAACUGCCAUAUUUGUGCUGAUAUAAAUUCAGCAGUUGUUGCAACGCUAGACCCCGCUAAGCACGAUAAAAGCAAUGUAGCAUAAGAAAAACAUACCAGCUAGUAUAUGAGUAAAAACAACACAGAGAUAAGGAACUUAAAAAAAAAAAAGAGGAAAAAUAGGGUUAAGCUCAUUUGUAACAGGUAAUCUAUAAAAUUUAGAUUUAAACUAUUCUACGAAGAUUUUGUUACAUUUCAGUACUGGUUAUUCCCCUAUCAGAAAUGAUCAAAUAAAUGCCUGAAUGGACAAUUAACCACAAAAUGUAAUUGUCAUCUAUUGCUUUUACUGGCGGCUUGAAACAGGACAAAACUGGGCUGCAUUUUCGUACAGCAUAGAUUUUAGCCACGUCAUUCUUACAUCAUAACACUUAGAUAGAACAACGCGAAUUGAAACUAACACGUGCUACAUUAUGGAAGCUACACGACAAGUGUGAUGGAAAAAAACUCUAACAGUAAUAAGAGAACAGUUGUUUCCGAAUCCGCACAGAAAAUGUAUCAUGCACAUACGUGCUGCAUGGCUGCUCUUGUACUUAGUCGCUUGCUUUAAUUAACCUAUAAUUGUCGAUAUCGUCCGCGAGGGUCGUCGAAUAGACGAAAAUGAUAUUUUCUUAGUUGUAACAGGAUUUUGUAAAACACAUUACACAGAGGCAAUGCGACGCGGCUGGCCGUAACGUUGUAAAUGCAACGCGUUUCGAAGUCAUUCGCCGUUAUCGUCUGGUGGGCGUAACGCGUGUGUGUACCGCCUCGUGCAGCUCUGAAUAAAAUGCAGCACUGAACGGAAACGUUAAAAAGGUAAAUUUGCGAAAUACCAAUUCACAUACAGCGAUCAUAGCACACUCUGUGUAGCAUAAUAGAGGCUAUCUAUCUUGUCGUUGCCACAGUUCACCCUCAAACAUGAUAAGCAACGAAGCUAUUUUUUCAUUAUUAAAGAAAUUACCGAACGGGUCACACGUUACUACACGAACAAUACAGGUCUUCGUUGGAUUGUAAAUUGAAGACUAAAGAAUGUUGCAUAGUCAGCUUCUUAUUUCUAUUAUUAUGUGUGUAAUUAUCAUUGUUCUGUUUACCGAAUCAGAUAUGAAUUGGCUGUUAAUGUGGUGGCUUGCUUAUUUACAGAUUAUCAUGAUGCUUGUCAUGAUACUAUUUUGCUAUAAUGAAAAUGCUGACAGAUGAUCUGUGACGUACGAACAGGCCGAAGAAAGGCUGACACAUCUGUACAGGAUGCCUAAGCUUUAACACCGAUGCGAAAUUGAAUCUGUAGUGUAGAUAAAAUCAGCAAAUAUUGCUCAUUUUGAAUUAAUGAAAUCGCUCUGCAACUAGAAUAAAUGAAAAUGC